AUGGGGCCAGGCCUGGGACAGCAGCUUGGCAUCUCCAAUACAUCCUCCAGUGCCCCUCGCUCGCCUUCAUCAUCCCGGACAGCCGGGCUCCCGAGGCAAGGGCGCAGCCCGGGUGGCCCGCCUCGUCACGGCUCUGCUCCCGGCAUCCACGAGCCCGACGAGGCCGACCCAGCCCUCGCCCUGGAGGCUUUCCGGUGCCUGGCCUCGGGCCACGCCAGCCGCCUGUGGGAGCAGCUGCAGCAGUUCUGGGCCGACCACUUCUCGCGGCGCUUCUCGCCACGGCGCCCGCCGCUGCGCCGCAUCUCCUCCAUGUCCACCUUCUACCUGCUGGACCACCGGACGCGCCAGGCGGAGCUGGGCCUCAGCUACGGCGCGCCGCGCACGCGCCUCGGCGACGAAACCUUCGUGUUCCUCGGCGGGCGCUGGGCCGCCGAGGGCCAGACCGCGAGGUCGCGGCCGCCGCUGCCCUCGCCGGCCACCUCGGGCUGGAAGGCGCAGGUGCAGCGGGCCAAGAGCCAGGUGCUGCUGGAGGAGAACAACUACCUAAAGCUGCAGCAGGAACUGCUCAUGGACAUGCUGACGGAGACCACGGCGCACCUGCACCUGCUGGAGAAGAAGCUGGACCCCGCGGCCGCGGCGCGCCCCUGGCCGAAGAAGGCGCGCAAGCGCGAAGGAGCGGGCGGCGUGCUUACGAUCCCGCCGCGCGCCCCCGAGCCGCGGUGA